CGGAGAAAUUUUAAAGAGAGAUGGAAGAAGGUUGUAGUAGUAUAGGAGAGAAAGAUUUGGAGCAUGCGACAUUGCAUUCUUCAUCCCCUCCUCCCCGACCGCUCGGAGGAUGGAAAGCCGUCAGAUACAUCCUUGGGAAUGAGACGUUUGAGAAGUUGGCUUCCAUGAGUUUGGUGGCAAAUCUGGUGCUGUAUCUGCAUACCAAGUAUAACUUGGAAAAUGUAGAUUCAGCUAAUGUAUACAAUAUCUGGUCUGGUUCAUGCAACGUUGCACCUCUAAUUGGUGCUUACCUUGCUGAUAGUCACUUGGGGAAGUUCUCCACUCUUCUAUAUAGCUCUAUAGCAUCCCUCAUGGGUAUGGUGGCCUUGACAUUAACUGCAAGUUUACAUGAACUAACUCCUCCUGCCUGCAAUGGACAAGCGCAUUGCGAACAACCCAACGCAUGGCAGAAGUUGGUCCUCUAUUCUGGUCUGGGAUUGCUCGUUAUUGGAUCUGGAGGCCUCAGACCAUGCAACAUUGCCUUUGGAGCUGAUCAAUUUGACACCACAACGGAGAAGGGAAGAGCGCAGCUAGAUAGCUUUUGCAAUUGGUGGUACUUUUUGUUCACCCUUGCUCUCAUCGUAGCUCUGACCGGAGUGGUCUACAUACAAACUAAUAUCAGCUGGGUUCUGGGUUUUGCUAUACCAGCUGGAUGCUUUGCCUUGUCCAUACUGAUAUUCUUGCUUGGCCGAAAAUUGUACGUUCGUGUUAAGCCUCAAGGAAGCACCUUUGGGGACAUAAUGAAGGUAAUUGUAGCUUCUUUUCGUAAGUUUAGUACAAGGACUUCAGGGCAGUCCCUUUAUGAUGCUCCUUUAAUUGGACAAGAGUCGGAGCAAAUGCUUGCUCACACAGAGAGGUUCAAGUUUCUUGAUAAGGCUGCUCUAAUUGUAGAUCCAGAUGAAUUGGAUAGCAGUGGCAACCCUAGAACUGGUUGGAGACUCUGCAGUGUGCAACAAGUUGAGCAACUCAAAUGCGUCAUAUCUUUGUUCCCUGUUUGGGUAAGUGGAAUUGGUGCUUUCAUAGGAAUGCAGCAAAUGCCAUCAUUUGGGACCUUUCAAGCGAUCCAAACAAACAGAAAGAUUGGAAACAAUUUCGAGAUGCCACCAGCCUGGAUUGGUCUCGUACCGAUGAUUGCACUUUCGAUAUGGAUCAUCAUCUACGAAAGCAUGUACAUUCCCUGGAUUAAGAAAAGGAAAAACGAUGAGACCGGAAGAUUGACAAUGGAGACAAGAUUCAGGGUUGGGAUUGUGAUGUCAAUUCUGUGCAUGGUGGUGGCUGGACUCACCGAAAUGAAGCGCAGAAAGUCUGCUUUGGAAAACAGAUCUUUCCAGUCACCUAUAACUGUUGCAUUGCUUGUGCCACAGUUUGCCUUGGCAGGUUUGAUCGAGGCAUUUGCAGCCAUUGCCUUAUUGGAGUUGCUUACAACACAAUGGCCAAAGAGCAUGAGGACUUUUGCCGGAGCGGCCUUCUUUCUCAGCUUAUCCAUUGCAAGCUACGGCACCUCCAUUAUUGUUACCAUUGUCAAGAAAGUGACUAGUUUGAAUGGCAAUACAUCAUGGCUGGGUGGUAAUGACCUGAACAAGAACAGGCUUGAUUACUACUAUUACAUCAUUGCUGCUCUUGGGAUCUUGAACUUGUUGUUUUUCGAAUUCAUUGCACGCCAUUUUCUGUCCGAUGUCGAUGGUCAUGACGGUUCUAGAAUCCCAUCUACUUGUGAUGAAGAAAAACAGUGA